UCCGUUCCAGCAGGUCAUGUAGCUAAAACGCAGUGCAUUGUGGGAUGUAGGUUGAUGGCGAAGUCAAGAUGGCCGAGAACCUCAGGCACAGGAAAGAGCCUGCAGUAGGAAGGCCGUGAAAGAAGUUUUGUGUAGAAAAUUCUUCGUCGCUGUCCGUUUAGAUUUAAACAGUGGUGGUGCUGAACUUGUAAUCAAGCCGUACAGGACUCGAUAUAUUCACUAAACAGCAAAAGAAUAACAAACAACUGAGGAUAAAGACUCGUAUGAAUUCCGACGAGAAGGAGGACUGUGAGUGUGCGCCACCACAGGCCGAGACUAGCCCAGCAGAGGGACCCGAUAGAGAAUACCAGGACCCUGAAGUAGACAACGCAGAAGCAAGCCGAAUGAAGCGAGCAGCUGCCAAACAUCUAAUAGAGCGCUAUUACCACCAGUUAACGGAGGGCUGUGGGAAUGAGUCAUGCUCCAACUCAUGGUGUGCCUCCUCAGUUGGGUUCAGCCGCAUGGAUAACAAUGCAGCAGCGGUCAAAGCCCUUGAGCUCUACAAGGUUAAUGCUAAGCUAUGUGACCCCCACCCCUCGAAGAAGGGCGCUGCCUCAGCCUACUUGGAGAGCAGCGUUCACAGCAACUCAGCUUGCAGCAACAGGAAGGUGAACCACAGAGAUGUCAACUCUGUACGGGACAAUUUCAAAGAUUUAAAUUACCUGACAGAGGAGAAAGUGUAUGAAAUUUUGGACAUCUGUGGAGAGAAGGAGGAUUACUCACCUCUGAUCAGGGUAAUCGGCCGGGUGUUCUCCAGUGCCGAGGGCCUGGUGCAAAGCUUCCGGAGGUCCAAACCUCACACUAAGGAGGAGCUCAAAUCCCUCCAAGGUAAGGAUGAGGACAAGGAUGAGGAUGAGAAGGAGGCAGCUGCCUGCUCUGCUACAGCUAUGGAGGAGGACUUGGCUGCCACCUCUUCAUCAUCAAGGCUUGGAGAAGGCUCCUCAGGGGACAAUGAUGUCCAAAAGCUGGCCCCUGAUGAGGUGUCAGUGGAUAUUGAAGCGGUGCGGAGGGUUUACGAGCGCCUGCUGUCCAAUGAGAAGAUAGAAGCCGCCUUCUUGAAUGCACUGGUCUACCUCUCACCAAAUGUCGAGUGUGACCUGACAUACCACAACGUGUAUUCACGAGACCCCAACUACUUGAACCUGUUUGUUAUAGUCAUGGAAAACAGCAACCUCCACAGCCCAGAGUACCUGGAGAUUGCGCUCCCACAGUUCUGCAAGGCCAUGAGCAAACUCCCACUGGCAGCUCAGGCCAAGCUGGCCCGAUUGUGGUCACAUUACAGCCCAGAGCAGAUCCGGCGCAUGGUGGAAACCUUCCAGCAACUCAUUACCUACAAAGUGAUCAGUAAUGAAUUCAACAGCCGCAACUUGGUCAAUGAUGAUGAUGCAGUGGUGGCAGCCACCAAGUGCUUGAAGAUCAUUUACUAUGCAAAUGUGCUGGGUGGCGACCUUGAUGUGGAGCACAAUGAGGAGGAGGAUGAGGAGCCCAUCCCAGAAUCCAGUGAGCUCACCCUGCAGGAGCUUCUGGGCGAGGAACGGCGGAACAAGAAAGGCCCUCGGGUGGACCCACUGGAGAUGGAGUUGGGAAUUCGCACCAACGAUUGCCGGCGGCCGCUUAUUUCCUUUGAGGAGUUUGUCAAUGAGCCUCUGAAUGAGGUGCUGGAAAUGGACAAGGACUACACUUUCUUUAAAGUUGAAACUGAAAACAAGUUCUCCUUCAUGACCUGCCCCUUCAUCCUGAAUGCUGUCACCAAGAACCUCGGUCUGUACUAUGACAACCGCAUCCGCAUGUACAGCGAGCGGCGUAUUACUGUGUUGUAUAGCUUGGUACAGGGCCAGCAGCUCAACCCCUACCUGAGGCUCAAAGUGCGACGAGACCACAUCAUUGAUGAUGCUCUGGUCAGGCUGGAAAUGAUAGCAAUGGAGAAUCCUGCAGACUUGAAGAAGCAGCUGUAUGUUGAGUUUGAAGGAGAGCAAGGUGUUGAUGAAGGAGGUGUUUCCAAGGAGUUCUUUCAGCUCGUGGUAGAGGAAAUAUUCAACCCAGAUAUUGGCAUGUUCACAUAUGACGAACGCACCAAGCUGUUUUGGUUCAACCCAUCAUCAUUUGAAAACGAGGGCCAGUACACGUUGAUCGGUAUUGUUCUUGGUCUGGCCAUUUAUAACAACUGUAUCCUUGAUAUCCACUUUCCUAUGGUGGUCUACAGGAAGCUGAUGGGCAAGAAAGGAACUUUCAGGGACUUGGCUGAUGCCAACCCAGUUCUGUACCAGAGCCUGAAGGAGUUGCUGGAGUACGAGGGCAGCGUGGAGGAGGAUAUGAUGAUCACUUUUCAGAUUUCCCAGACAGACCUGUUUGGGAACCCGCUCAUGUAUGAUUUAAGGGAAAAUGGGGACAAGAUUCCAGUUACAAAUGAAAACAGAAAGGAGUUUGUGGCCCAGUAUGCAGAGUACAUGCUGAACAAAAGUGUGGAAAAGCAGUUCAAAGCAUUCAGGAGAGGUUUCCAUAUGGUCACCAAUGAGUCGCCACUCAAGUAUCUGUUCAGACCAGAAGAAAUUGAGCUCCUUAUCUGUGGAAGCAGGAACCUGGACUUCCUUGCACUGGAAGAAACGACAGAAUACGAUGGCGGCUACAACAGAGAUUCUCGAAUCAUCAAGGAGUUCUGGGAGACAUUGCACUCAUUUGGUGAGGAGCAGAAACGCCUCUUCCUGCAGUUCACCACCGGCACUGAUAGGGCACCUGUGGGUGGGCUGGGCAAGCUGAAGAUGAUCAUUGCCAAGAAUGGCCCCGACACAGACAGGUUACCAACAUCUCACACUUGCUUCAAUGUGCUGCUGCUGCCAGAGUACAGCAGCAAGGAGAAGCUGAGGGAGAGACUGCUGAAAGCCAUCACCUAUGCCAAAGGGUUUGGCAUGCUCUGAGCCCCCACUCCAAACACACGGCGAACUGACUCCUUCUCGAAAAGCCCAUCAAACCCUGCCCUGCCCCUUCCUUUAUCAGACACAAUCGAAAAGGUGACAAAAGACAGCAGUUUCUAGGAACAGCAAGUCAAUACUGAAAGAGGAGCAAUGGUUCAAAUAGAGUGAUCUAGUUCUUCUGCUGUGCCUCUUCACACAUCAGUCAGCAUAAGCACAGGGACCCCCACAUCCACAUUAUGUGAAUGUGCCACAGCUUUCCCAUCUUUUUAUGUACAGAGAGAAUCAUUUUCUUUAUUUAUUUUAAGGUUAAAAUGGGUUAUUUUUCAUGCCUGCCUGUUGUGACAGUUCCCCUACACAGGGAAAGGGGAGGUUUAAUAUUAAACUGUACAUUUGGGACAGUGCAUUAACAAGUCAAUAUAAACCCCAUUUAUUGAACAAAAUCAUGUUAAACUAGCCCUGAAUUGACAGAAAAUCUAGGUUUAGAGUAGCCUCUACUACAAAUGUUGUGCUCCCUGCUAAAAAAAAAAAAGAAGAGCUCCUACCAACCAUUCCACUUAAAAUCAUCACUUAUUGUUUCUGCCAAGUCCAUGUUCAGUCAAGGUAAGCAUUUGGGAAAAAAAAAGGUGCAUUAUCACUUAGCUCUAUUACUGUUUUGUUUUUGGGCCUUUCGUCCUUUCGGGGAGGGGGACGGGGAUGCCACAGGUUAGAUUCAUAUCUUGUCAGAGCUGUGUAAGUGCACUUAGACAUUUUCAGAAUGUUUCGUUUUGGCCGCAGGUUGCCAUGAUUGUUCGAAGCAUUUUAUUUCCAUGUCUUCCUGUGUUAACAAUUCUAAAUAAAAACAGUAUUUAUAUAUCA